AAGUAUAAAUGCUAAACCCCGUCAGCACGGACGCCACGUGUUGCAGUGGUGUGCGUCAUCGAGUUCGUCACGACCAACCCUCCCCUUCUCAUUUAUAAAUAACCCGCAAGCACCUUCAUUCCUUCCUCGUACUCCUCUCUCUCUCCACCUCGCUCACACACUCUCUCUCUUCCUGUCUGUCAUAAUCUUUGAUCUGUCCGCAUAAUAUUCUUGCCGUCUGCGUAAGUGUUGAAGUGUUGAAAUGGCCGGAGCACAAGCUUUUGAGUUUGAGCAUCCAAGGAAGGCCUUCGGAUGGGCUGCUAGGGAUUCUUCUGGCCUUCUCUCUCCUUUCAACUUCUCUCGAAGAGAAACCGGAGACAAAGAUGUCACUUUCAAAGUCCUUUACUGUGGAAUAUGCCAUUCCGACCUCCACAUGCUCAAGAACGACUGGGGCUUCUCUGUCUAUCCACUCGUACCUGGGCAUGAGAUUGUUGGGGUGGUGACGGAAGUUGGAAGCAAGGUGGAAAAGUUCAGAGUUGGAGACAGAGUCGGUGUGGGAUGUUUGGUUGGUUCGUGCAGAUCCUGUGGAAGUUGUUCUGACGAUCUUGAGAAUCACUGUUCAAAGUAUAUUCUCACAUAUGGAGCCAAGUACGUGGAUGGGACUAUCACAUAUGGAGGUUACUCUGAUUUUAUGGUUGCAGAUGAGCAUUUUGUGGUUCGCAUUCCAGAGGCUUUGCCUCUUGAUUCUGCAGGUCCUCUGCUUUGUGCCGGGAUCACUGUGUAUAGCCCUUUGAGGUACUUCGGUCUGGACAAGCCUGGCCUUCAUGUGGGCGUGGUUGGUCUCGGUGGGCUUGGCCAUAUGGCUGUCAAGUUUGCCAAAGCCUUUGGAGCUAAGGUCACUGUCAUAAGCACUUCUCCUAACAAGAAGAAGGAAGCCAUUGAACAUCUUGGAGCUGAUUCCUUCAUUGUCAGCCGUGAGCAAGAUCAGAUGCAGGCUGCGAUGGGCACAUUUGAUGGCAUAAUAGACACAGUUUCUGCAGUGCAUGCUCUUUUGCCUUUGAUUGGUCUACUGAAGCCGAAUGGCAAACUUGUGUUGGUUGGUGCGCCUGAGAGGCCUCUGGAAUUGCCAGUAUUUCCUUUACUUUCGGGGAGGAAGACAGUGGCCGGAAGUGGAAUUGGAGGGAUGAAGGAGACGCAAGAGAUGGUAGAUUUUGCAGCCAAGCAUAACGUGAGACCAGACAUAGAAGUGAUUCCAAUGGAUUACGUUAACACUGCAAUAGAGCGACUCCUUAAAGCUGAUGUCAGGUAUCGUUUUGUGAUUGACAUUGGCAACACAAUGAUGAAGCCAACCUCUUAGAGAUUUGCAUCCACAUAUGCAUGAUUCGAGAUUUUGGGGAAGAAAAAUAGCUGCUUAAUUAAUUAGUGCUGAUGAGAGUUGAUUUGGAAGGGUGCAAAAUCAUUUAUAAAUGUUCCUUGUAUCAGUAUUACUCAGCCUACUGUCAUAUUGAUUUGAGGAGAGUGUGUUAUUAGAUGUCUUGUUUUGUCUGAAUAAACAAACGCAUGAAGGUUUAGUUGUUGUUGUCCAAUUAUUAUUAGAUUCGAUCGCCUGUGUUAAUUUGUUUUGAUUA